AUGUCCGGUCUUGACUCGAUACGUGCCGAGAUUUCUGCCUCGAUCCUUGCCCGACCACGGAUAUCUCGGCUUUCUGUUAUUCGGUUUAGCAGGCUUCCUUCGAUCCUGUUCGGUCUCUAUCUCGCUUCGAUCUCGAUCACGACUGGUCUCGAUCUUGGUCGGUCAUUGAUUCAUGAGCUUAACAAUCCAUCUCCCAACAAGCCCGACCAUGACGUCAGUGACAAGUGGGCACUGAAACGUCCUGUUGGUUCGGAUGGCGAGGCAUUAAAUGCCUGUCAGUUGUUGUCGGCCACUACUGGUUCUGGAGAACUUGUUUCUGAUGACUUGGUUGUUGGGAUAAUAGAUGAAGCAUUGAAGAAACCUUCGUGUCAAAAAGGAUUCAUUCUUGAUGGAUUUCCAAGGACUGUGGUGCAAGCAGAAAAGCUUGAUGAGAUGCUUCAAAAUCGGGGGACCAAAGUUGAUAAAGUUCUUAAUUUUGCAAUUGAUGAUGCUAUUUUGGAGGAGAGAAUUACCGGGCGUUGGAUCCACCCAGCUAGUGGCAGGAGCUACCAUACAAAGUUUGCACCUCCUAAAGUUCCUGGGAUCGAUGAUGUAAACUUAUACCAUGAAUUCUCUUUUUUCUUGUAAUGAUCGUACAAUCCC